AAAACAAAACGUCGCAACUCAACUCAACUCAACUGAGUCAGCCAGCUCAAUCAUCUAAUAUGGCAGUAGCCCCUCUCUCUUAUCUCUAAGAACUACAGUCUCUGUUUCUCACCAUAUACAAACAAUGGCCUUUUUCUCUCCUUCUUCCUUCCCCUAAAAAAACCUACUUUAACAUUAAGAAUCACAGCCUUUCUGUCCCUAACUAAAAUUAUUGACCUUUAAAGACUGUAACUUUAUCAAGAAAUUGAAUGGCGUCAACGCCACCAAUCACUGCGACAACGAAAACUUAUCAUCAAAAUCACCCCUAUCCGCAAAACCAUUUAAAGAACCACCGUCAAAGCCACCACCACAACCCUAACCAUCGCUGGACUAACCAAAAUGUCUCUCUUGCUAAACCCCCUAUCUCUCCUUCGCCUCGCAAUGUAACAAAAGCAGGGGCUUCCGCCGCCGCGGCCGCCCAUACCCAAAACCCCAACUUUCCUUCUCUCUCCCGUCUCCAAUCCUCGAAAUCCGAGCUCGCAGCCGAUUUCUCAGGUCGCCGCUCCACCCGAUUUGUGUCAAAGCUUCACUUCGGGCGCCCAAAAACCAGUAUGGGCACCCGCCAUACUUCAGUUGCGGAGGAAGCUUUGCAGCAGGUGAUACUGUAUGGGAAAGACGAUAAAGCCCUUGAGGAUGUGUUACUCAAUUUCGAGUCUCGGUUUUGUGGCACAGAUGAUUAUAUUUACUUGCUUAGAGAGCUUGGAAACCGAGGAGAUUCUUCUAAAGCGAUUCGAUGCUUUCAGUUUGCAGUUAGAAGAGAAAAUAGGAAGAACGAGCAAGGGAAAUUAGCUAGUGCUAUGAUAUCUACCCUCGGUAGAUUGGGUAAAGUAGAGCUUGCAAAGGCUGUGUUUGAGACUGCUCUUAGUGAGGGUUAUGGUAACACUGUUUAUGCCUUCUCUGCUUUAAUUAGUGCUUAUGGGAGGAGUUGUUAUUGUAAUGAGGCCAUUAAGGUUUUUGAUUCAAUGAAAGAUUACGGGCUGAAGCCAAAUUUAGUCACUUACAAUGCUGUGAUUGAUGCUUGUGGUAAAGGGGGUGUAGAAUUUAAUAAAGUAGUGGAGAUUUUUGAUGAAAUGUUGAAAAAUGGAGUGCAACCAGAUAGAAUUACAUUUAAUUCGUUGCUUGCUGUAUGUAGUAGAGGAGGACUAUGGGAGGCAGCAAGGGGUUUGUUCAGUGAAAUGGUGAAUAGAGGGAUUGCUCAAGAUAUAUUUACUUAUAAUACCCUUUUGGAUGCAGUUUGUAAAGGUGGGCAAAUGGACUUGGCUUUUGAGAUAAUGUCUGAGAUGCCUGGCAAGAAUAUAUUGCCUAAUGUUGUUACUUACAGUACUAUGAUUGAUGGCUAUGCUAAAGCUGGUAGAUUAGAUGAUGCUCUUAAUUUGUUUAGCGAAAUGAAGUUUUUGGGGAUUGGUUUGGAUAGAAUUUCAUAUAAUACUUUGCUUUCUAUUUAUUCUAAGCUCGGGAGGUUUGAGGAGGCUUUGGAUGUUUGUAAGGAGAUGGAGAAUUCUGGUAUUAGGAAAGAUGUUGUGACUUAUAAUGCGCUUUUGGGUGGAUAUGGGAAACAAUGCAAAUAUGAUGAAGUGAGGAAAGUGUUUGAGGAGAUGAAAGGGGCAUGUAUAUCACCUAAUAUAUUAACUUAUUCAACCUUGAUUGAUGUUUACUCAAAAGGUGGUCGGUAUAAGGAAGCUAUGGAGGUUUUUAGGGAGUUUAAGCAAGCAGGACUGAAGGCUGAUGUUGUUCUUUAUUCUGCACUAAUAGAUGCCUUGUGCAAGAAUGGAUUGGUGGAGUCUGCAGUGAUUUUGCUUGAUGAGAUGACUAAGGAGGGAAUUAAGCCUAAUGUUGUCACUUAUAAUUCUGUGAUAGAUGCUUUUGGCCGGUCAGCAACGCCACAAUGUGUGGUUGACGAUAAUGAUGAAGCCUGUGAGUUGCAAGUUAAAUCUUCAAAUUCGACUGUUGUUCAGAAAGCUACUGAGAAGGAAGUUGUGGAUAGGGAGGAUAAUAGGAUCAUAAAGAUUUUUGGGCAGCUUGCUGCUGAGAAUUCAGGUCAAGUAAAGAACAAGGGCAGGCAGGAAAUUUUGUGCAUUUUGGGAGUCUUUCAGAAGAUGCAUGAACUGGAAAUCAAACCAAAUGUUGUCACAUUCUCUGCCAUUUUAAAUGCUUGCAGUCUGUGUGAUUCCUUUGAAGAUGCUUCAAUGUUAUUGGAGGAGCUUCGAUUAUUUGAUAACCAGGUCUAUGGUGUGGCACAUGGACUUCUCAUGGGUUAUAGAGAAAAUGUUUGGAUGCAAGCACUGUCCCUAUUUGAUGAAGUCAAGUUGAUGGACUCUUCAACAGCAUCUGCCUUUUAUAAUGCUUUGACUGACAUGCUGUGGCACUUUGGCCAGAAACGAGGUGCCCAACUGGUUGUGCUUGAAGGGAAACGUCGACAAGUAUGGGAGAACGUGUGGUCUAAUUCUUGCUUAGAUUUGCAUCUGAUGUCUUCUGGUGCUGCUCGGGCAAUGGUUCAUGCAUGGUUGCUGAACAUUCGCUCUAUUGUGUUUGAGGGCCAUGAAUUGCCAAAAUUAUUAAGCAUUUUAACUGGAUGGGGCAAACACAGCAAGGUAGUUGGUGAUAGCACACUAAGGCGAGCUAUCGAGGCGCUUCUUACUAGCAUGGGUGCACCCUUUCGAUUAGCUGAAUGCAACUUAGGUCGGUUUACAUCAACAGGAUCAGUUGUCGCUGCCUGGUUAAAAGAAUCUGGCACACUAAAAUUGCUUGUACUUCACGACGAUAGAACUCAUCCCGAAACUAUGAGGUUUGAUCAAAUCUCUAAUGUACAAAUGCUUCCUUUGUAGUUAUUUGUAUGAGGUUGCAAAUGUUUUGUUGCCCGCUUGUAACAUGUUCGCGUUAAUUCCUUGCCCGAAAUCUCCGUCAACUUAAUUAUAUGUAUAUAUUAAAAAAAAAAAGAAAAAAGGAGAGAAAAGAAGAGGAAUGUAUUAUAUGUUUGCUUACGUAUCUAUGUUAAUUUUUUGAACAUACAUUAUUUCGGCUAUAAUCAACGUAAAUUCGGUAAUCAA